AUGUUUCAUAAACUUCUGUUCUCUAGAAGAAAUUUUUCAUCCUUAUACCCAAAAAGAAACUUCCACAUAGAUUAUCUCAAAGAUAUUUAAAUCAUUACUAAUGAUUAUUGCUAGAGUCUCAAACACAUAUACGAAUCGUUUUCAACUCACAAAAUUAAACUUUCAGAUAUUCAGACCAUGAAAUUAAACCGAACAGAUAAGUAAUAUUAGUUCAUUAACCUAGGGAUCAAAGGUUAAUACUGAAUUUAACAUUUGAAGAAAGGGAUUCAUACAAAUUUAAUAAGUUGUAUCAAGAACUAUAAAAUGGGCAUGACCAAGUUUUAACUAAUAAAAACUCUAAAAUCCCAAUAGUCCCAUGGUUCCCAAGAGGCGAGAAUGAUAUAAAGUCACGUAUUUGAAUAAAUUAAUGUAGUUGGACUUCUUAUGGUAGUUAAUGAAGAAAAUAACCAAUUCCAUCCUCAGUUUACAGAUUAAGAGUACAGAGAGAGGAGAGAAUAGAUUGCCAAAAUCUCACAACAACAUGUCUUCGGAUAAAAAAUUCCAUCAAUUGAUUACACUUAAAAAGAAGAAGCCACUUGGAAAAAGAUAUACUCAAUUUUAAGAAAGAAAGGAAACCCGCUAUUGGCUCAAAGAUAUUUAAAAAACCUAGAGAAGAUUGAGAAUGCUUUAGGAUUUAAAUAUAAAGUCCCUUAACUUAGUGACAUUGAUGCCUAUUUGAGAGCUGAAACAGGCUUCAGAAUCAAAGCGACUCAUGGUAUCCUAAGCCAAAGAGAAUUUCUCAAUGCUCUGGCCCAUAGAGUCUUCUGUUGUACCCAAUAUAUUAGACAUCAUGCCUAUCCAGAAUAUUCUCCUGAACCAGACUUAAUUCAUGAAGUUGUGGUAUCUUAUUUAUUCUAAUAAAAGGGUCAUGUACCUUUAUUUGCUGACAAGGAAAUUGCUGAUCUAUCCUAAGAAAUUGGAAUUUUAUCCUGUGGGGUUGAACAAAAAGAUUUAUCAAGACUAGGAACUUUGUAUUGGUUCACUUUGGAAUUUGGGGCUUGCAAGGAAAACGGUUAAAUUAAAGGUUAUGGAGCAGGAAUCGCUAGUUCAACUGGAGAACUCGAUGUAAUUCUUAAUAAAUAAAUUAUAGAAUUUUCAUAUUGCUAAUUACGAGAAAUUUGAUCCAUUUAUCCAUGCAGACAGAACAUAUCCUACUUAGAUAGUCUAACCUACAUACUUAUAUUGUGAGAGCUUUGAUGAAGUCAUCCAAGAACUACGUAUGUUUGGCCAAAGUCUUUAAAAACCAUUUGGAUUGUAUUACGAUUUUGUGGAAAAAGAAUUAAAAGCUACUAAAGUAAUCUAAACUCAUUUAUAAAACCCAUGA